AGUGAGCCCAACCAGUCUAGGGAAAUCCCCACCUCCCAAAAUCGACCAACUAUAAAUUCACCUUGAAACUUCUUCACCUCGUCCGAAACCCUAAGCGGCCCCAAUCCUCAAACUCUUGCCUUCCCUGCUCUGCGCCUCCGAACUCUCCCAAUCAUGGCGGACGUUGAGACCGAUGUGGCGGCAGCCGGAGUCCCGAAGAAGAGAACGUUCAAGAAGUUCAGCUUCAGAGGCGUCGAUCUCGAUGCACUCCUCGACAUGUCCACUGACGAACUCGUCAAGCUCUUCCCUGCUCGAGCUCGCAGAAGGUUCCAGAGGGGUCUGAAGCGCAAGCCCAUGGCUUUGAUCAAGAAGCUUCGCAAAGCCAAAAGGGAGGCUCCACCUGGUGAGAAGCCAGAGCCAGUUCGUACCCAUCUGCGUAACAUGAUUAUAGUACCGGAAAUGAUAGGAAGCGUUAUUGGUGUGUACAAUGGAAAGACCUUCAAUCAGGUUGAAAUCAAGCCCGAGAUGAUCAGUCACUACCUUGCUGAGUUCUCAAUUUCAUACAAGCCCGUCAAGCACGGUAGACCUGGUAUUGGUGCCACCCACUCUUCAAGGUUCAUUCCUCUGAAGUGAGAUCUCUUCCGGCAGCAGUCUAGAUAUCUAGUUGUGUUAUUGUGUUAUUUUCACAAGACUGAUGGUGAUCAAAUUUUUGUUCGUUUCUCUUGAUUUUUGCCUAUGUUGUGACUUUUGAUGUUGGUACUCUAUAUGAAGUUAAUUUACCGUAUUGUUGAUUACUCCAUA